AUGGCAGAGCAGCAGAAGGAAUCCUCGCCUAAAGAUUUUAAAAAGAAAAAUUCAUUGCUAGCAGAUGAUGAUUUCGGGACAGAAUUUCUUGGCUCCUGGAAACCCAUGUCAAUGGCAGAUGAUGAUGCUAUGGAUUUUAGCUUUAACACAGGUUCUAAAAGCAAGAAAAAGAUAUUCGACUUUGAAAAAAUGGACAUGAAUUUCGAUCUGGAUACUGCUUUUGGCAAAAUGUCAUCAUUUAAUGUGGACAUGUCAGAUCUUGAUUUUACAUGCCCACCCAAAAAGCCUUCUCAAUCUACGGACAAAAAGGGAGAAGCUUCUUGUGCAAAAGGAGGGAAACAAGAUGGAUUUAAUUUCAGCUUUGAUUUUAAUGAGUUGGAUAGCUUCAAUCUCAAUUCAAACUUACUAAAAGUAGAUACUAGUAAUGAGGACAGUUACCCGAGAAAGAAAGGAGUUACUGCAGAAGGAAAUAAUAGUGAAGAUGCUAAAAAGCCUAACGUCAAUGAUGAUGACAGAGGUGUUCGUUCAUCUAGUGAUAAUAAGACAACGAAACCUCAAGCAUCAGAGAGGCUGGAAACUUUGAACACUGAGACUUUAGUUGGUAACCUAGGGAAUCUAGUUUCCAGACAGGAUAUUUCUGUUUCCAAAUUUUCUUCCUCUGGGAACUUUGACACGGAAGUUAAGAAUCAGACUUCUGAUAUUAGUAAGAUAGCAAGUAUGAAAGAAAUGGAUCAAGAAAAAGACCUGGCCGAGGAGACAAAGUCAACCAAAUCAAAAUCUGAGCAGGUUAUCGACAAGGUACCUUCCCAGUCAGUCAGUCAAAGUGAUUCAGAGCAAGGCACCAUCUCAGAAAAGCAUACAAAGGUUUCUUUUUCUGGAACAAGACGAAUUAAUGUUGCAGCUGAUAAACAAGUGAUUAAUGAUGACAUUGUUAGAGAAGCAAUUAAUCCAGGUAGCAGUGCUGAAGAAGUUUCUAAUGACACUCAACAAGAAAAUAGUUAUUCAAGUUCCGGAAAUAUCACUAAAGUUGAUUCCUUGAAGAAGAACUCAUGUGACAAUAGCAUAAGAGAAAAUAAAAGAACAGCUUUGGAGUGUCACUUGGCUACAGCAAGCAGUAACCCCAUAGUUGAUAAAGUCACGCUGAUGAAAGAUAAAGAUCUCCAAGUGAAGAAGUCAAAUAUAGUCAGUAUGCUAGAGAACAAAAGGCCUUUAAAAAAUCCUUCAUCAACAUCUGGAACAAAGAGUGCAGUCUCCUCCGACUGUAAAAAAAAUGCUGACAUACACCUGAGAUCCAUAGCCCAAGAAAGGAACAGCUUCAAAUCCAAUGAGACAAAGUUUCGGAGCAAAAUGGUAAGCGAUUCACUCCUAGGUUCUAGCAAAGUAAUUAGGGAUGCACCAGCAGUUCUUGGCAGCAAAGAUGAUCCUAAAAGUUGUAAUGCCAGGAAGGGCAUUGUUUUGGAUGGUACACCAAGUGCAGGAAAGUUGGCUGGAAAUAUGAAAUCAUUUCAUGAAGAUGUAAAUAAAAGAAAGGCCGUGUUUCUAGAAACGGGCAUGUCAACAAAAAAUGUUAAUAUUUUGAGUUCUCAGGUUAAUCCUUGCAGCUCAACUGAGAAGACAGCUAAACUUACUACUCAGAUAUCUCUAAAUUCUCAACCUGAAGCUUCAGGCAAGGAGUCCUUUCAGAAAUCAAAGAUCACCCACAUAGAAGGAAAUAAACUUUAUUCUUUUAAAGCUUGCAAGAUCACACCUGUUUUUUCUAGUGUAAAAACUUCAAGGAACAUUGAGGCUAACUCAGUUUUAGCAACGUCUUUACACCAAAAAGAGGCAAACUCAUUGGCAAGUUCUGAACAAAGAAAAGAGACACAUGCUAUUUUAGCAUCAAACGGUGAUCAUCUGACUGACAGUGGUGAUAAUCAAAAGGCUUCAGCCCGGUUCUUGAAGAGGAAAAGUAUUGAGAUUUCUGAAGCAGAUUUAACAUCCUUGAGGCCCCUAAAGCGCCUACCUCAGUCUCCAAUCAGAAGCAGAAAUAAUGAAUCUAAAGAAUCUUCAGGAAAAGUUGAGCAGGUAGAGAGAAAGUCCAACGACUUAGCCUACUAUGAUUCAACCUCUGGACUUGAAAGUCCAUCAGAGAUUAAAGUAACAGAAGUUGAAAUACCUGAUUCCGUACUCAUGGAAGACAACGGUAAUGUUGAAAAGGCUGAAGCAUAUAUGAAGGAACUUGAAAAUAUUUGUAACAUGCUGAAAAAAAGGCACGAAGAAGCAAAAGAGUUAUUAGUGCGAGCUGUUGUCAACGACAAUAACCUGCUGAUGCUUAAUCAUCCUAUUUAUGAAGAAAAAAUUCAGAAGGUUCAGAAAUUUGCUUCUCAAUUGAUGUCAAAGGAGAUUCAAACUUGA